GACCCUAAGUGUCAUCUCUAUUCCAGAAACAUAAGCUGACUGGACAGUGAUUCAGCCUUUCUGAAGCUGUAGUGAACACUGAUUUUUUUUACCAGCUUUACUAUAAAUGAAUAAUGGAAAUAAAAGGAUAUUGAAAUAACAAGGGAUACAGCACAUAACAUUAAAAUUACUGUGUAACUUCUAGAGACUGCAGGAGAUGCAGGAUUGUGCUCAUGAACACAGCUGAGGCCGUUCUCAUGCCACUAAAAGGCACCAUCUCCUCCCUGAAUGAAGUCUAUCAGGCACUUAUUGAGACAGAUGUAAAUCCUCUUAUUGCACAAUGCUCCAAACUAUUACUACAUCAGACAGCAAAAAGUGCAGUCUCAUCAGCUCCUCUUUCACACACACACUACAGCACAUAAAUACAGAGUUCUACAGCGUUAUUAAGAAUUACAUGGCAUUUAUAUCAAUGUCAAUGUUUUUUUUGCAUACCUAAAAACCUUCUUGUAUUACAUUCAUAGAAAUUGUACAGAGCGGUGUCUCUCUUCCUACCUGGAUAUCCUGAAAGUCUUCAGUGAAGGUGUGGAGGAUCUCUGUCAGCUCUGCAACCCAAACAGUGCACUGCUCCAAGACUGAAAGCCCCUGUGUAUUUAUAAUAUGGAAUCUGCCCUCCCCUUUUCACCCUCCCAUCUCUGAUACUCUCUUAAAUAGAGCUCAUCUUAUAAAUCUCACAUACCCGACUGUGGUGGGUUAGAAGAGAAAUAACAGCAAUGGAGGUAAACUUUCACACUUUAAUUACAGAUCUAUCUUUAAGAAACCCUGUGACAAGGUAAUCAUGUUGCAUGCUGUUUUUCUGAGUGCUGUAUUCUUUUUAUUGUGUUCAAAUAUGUAAUCAUUUCAAUUCAAUCAUUCAAACUGGUAAAGUAUAAUAAUAAAAUGACUAUGACAAAUAUGAGGAAAUAAAGAGGAAAAAAAGAACAAUCUUGUUUAAGAUUCACAAAAUACUAUUUUAUUGUCAAGGACUGAGAUUUUAUUUAACAUCCUUUUUAAUCUAUAGAUGACUUAGUUAAUAAAAUCAUUUUGUAAGAGAUGACAGAUGAUAAUCUUAUUUUAUGAUGACUCAGGUUUGAGUUUCUUUCAUUCUAACACUUUCACAUUAUGUUUCAGAGGAAGAUGAUCCAGCUUUCUUCACUGGAGUGAGAAUUUACAGAGAAAUGAAUAAUAACUCAAUUUUUGAAAGGAAUUUUCCUUUAAAAAAACUUUUCUCUUGAAGGCUUUUUGAUUUUCUGUGUUUUGUUUGUCUCUACAGAGUUGUGCUGAAGAACACAGCUGAGGCUGUUAUAAUUCCACUGAAAGGUGGCAUCUCCUCCCUGAAUGAAGUCUGUCAGGCUCUUAUCGAGGCAGAUGUAGAUCCUGUAACUGGGAAAUGCUCCAACUACGACUACAUCAGACAGCAGAUAGUGCAGUCUCAUCAGCUCCUGGAGCAGUCAGAACAGGCAGCUAGUUCAGGGUUACAGAGUCUGGAUGAAAACUUAGAGAGACUUAUACAAGAUGAGGGAAAACUCAAUCAGGAGAUGAAUGAAAUAAAACAAACCCUAGACAACUUGAGAGAAAAAAAGGAAUCAAAUAAAAUAUUACUCAUAGAACUUCAGGGAGCUCUGCAGCUGGCCAGGAGAAAUCUGAAUUCAGCAACACAGACCCUUCAGGCUCAGCAGAAGAGGAAACGUGAUGCUGAAAUCAUCACAGGUGUUGGGGCAGGAGUGAUGGUCAUUCCCAUCAUUGGAUGGAUUGCAGGUCCUGCCAUGAUGAUUGGUGGAGCAGUUGAACUGGAUCAAGCAAACAAAGCUGUCCAAGUGGCUCAAGAGGAGGUGAGAAGGUCUGAGAAUGAGAUGAGAAAAUAUGAACAUAAAGUAUCUCACUAUGAGUCCAGGAUUUCCCAGACUGAACCUGACCUCAGUCAGAAAGAUGUCAAGCUGAAGCAGAUGCAUAAAGUAAUCCAGAAGGUGAGGAAGCUGAUUCAGUCUGUAGCUGAGUUCCAGGAGAAAGUUAGAGGAUCCCUCCAUCUUCUCAGUAUCCUGAGUGGGAGGGUCAGUGUGGGUGAACAUCAGACUCGCAGAUUCGUUCUCCAGGAGCCUUUAAUGGAUUUGAUGGAGGAUGUGAUGAAGGCCAUAGAGCAGAUCACAGGGAAACAGCUCCUCUACAGCUAUGACCUUCCAAGACUCAUCAAUCAGAUGAAGGAGAACAACCAACGCCUGGCAGCCCUCUGUGCCUCAGAGAACCAACGACUGGCAGAUAUACGUGAUUUAGAGAACAGCUCUAAGAAGAACACCACAUGCUGCUUCUGUUGUUUUAAACAGAAGUUCACUGAAUAAUGGAAAUUCUGGGGCCUGUCAGAGUAUUGAAAUAAGGAUAAAGUAUUUAAAACAAAUGAUGCUUCGGUCAUAUACAAGAGCAUUACAUGCCACUAAACAUAAGCAUAAAAUAAAUACAGUAAAAUUAACCCAGUGUGUGAGCUAGAAGAGAAAUAAACCCUGUGACUAGGUAAUCAUGUUGCAUGCUGUUUUUCUGAGUGCUGUAUUCUUUUAUAUUGUGUUUAAAUAUGUUCUAACAUGAACACUUUCAUUUAAACUGGAAAAAUAUAAAAAUAAAAUGGCUAUGAGAAAUAUGAGGAA